GCCGCGUAUUCAUUGAGGUCUCUACACAGUACGAGCCACCAACGAAAUAGCUGGCCCAACCAGGAUGCGCAGAGAGUGAUAAAUAUUGAUAAUUUCGGUCUCUGUGCGCAGCGCCGAGGGGAACUUCAGUAGCCUUGAUGAGGACAGCUCCCCUCCGGUUGAUGCUUUGAAGAAAGGGGAGAGUCGAAGUUAUCGCAUCACAAGCCAAGUCUGCAGUUGGCCUAGAAUAAUUAUCAAACGCGCACAGUGGGAGUGGACUGUCAUCUCCCGUGGGUAGGUGUGUGUGGCACGGGUUUUUCCCCAGUAUAGUUGCAUGCCGAAUAUUGUGCGGUGUGGUAAGCUACCAAGUGCAUCGACGAGCGAUGGCGGAAUGUGGAAUGAAGGCGCUGUCUGUCCUGGAGGCGGCCCGCUCACGCUACGAGAGCUUGCAGAUUUCAGAUGAUGUUUUUGGGGAAUCGGGAGAUGACAGUAGCGACAAUCCCUUUUACAGCACUUCGGGUGACUCGAAUUCGGAUAACUGUUGCUUGGAGGCCGGGGAUGAUCAAAGGGCAGGUGAGACUGGGAAUUGUCAAAACGGAGGUCCACCCGGCUCUAUCUCAAAGACUCAAGCAGAGGAGGAUGGAUGGAGCGACACACUGCAUGAUAUCACGGUGGCCCCCUACAACGACACAUAUGGCCCUAUCCAGAGAAUGCCAGCCACAGCCACUUGCAUGGACUUCUUCCAGCUGUUUGUGCCCGACAACGCCAUCCAGAACAUGGUGACGCAGACCAACAUGUACGCCAAGAAGUACCAGGAGCGCUUCGGCAGCGACGAGGGCUGGCGGAACGUGACGGCGGCCGAGAUGAAGGCCUUCCUGGGCUUCGUGACUUCCACCAGCGUUCACCGCUGUGAGUCAGUGCUCAGCAUCUGGAGCAGCGGCUUCUUCAGCAAUCGCAGCAUUGCACUCAAGAUGAGCCAGGCACGCUUCGAGAAGAUCCUCAAGUACUUCCAUAUCGUGGCCUUCCGCUCCAGCCACGGCAGCCAUGGCCUCUACAAGAUCCAGCCCUUCCUGGACUCACUGCAGCAGUUGUUCGGCUGCAGCACCUUCCGCCCCUCUCAGACUCAGGUGCUCCAUGAGCCUCUGAUUGAUGAGGACCCGGUGUUCAUCACCACCUGUACGGAGAGAGAGCUGAGGAAGAGGAGGAAGAGGAAGUUCAGUCUGUGGGUCCGCCAAUGCACAUCCACUGGCUUCAUCUGUCAGAUCUAUGUGCAUCUAAAGGAGGGCCAGGGUCCUGACGGGUUGGCCACCCUGAAGAACAAGCCUCAGCUCCACAGUAUGGUGGCCAAACAGCUGUGUCAGAACCUCUCAGGCCGCAACAGCAUCAUCUUCACCGGACCCAGCAUCACCAGCCUCAACCUGUACCAGGAGUUUGAGAAACAGGAGAUCUACUGCUGUGGGCUGCUGAGCACCAGGAAGAGUGACUGCACCGGCCUGCCCCAGUCCAUGCUGGUGAACCCUGAGAGCCCCCAGCAGAGGGGCCAGUCCCGCAGCAUGAUGAGAGGUAACACCUCCCUCAUCAGCUGGUACAACAAGGGACACUUCCGCUUCCUUACCAACGCCUACUCACCCACCAAGAAAGGGGUGAUCAUCAAAAGGAAAAGUGGUGAGAUUCCCUGUCCGCUGGCUGUGGAGGCCUUCGCUGCACACCUCAGUUACAUCUGCAAGUAUGACGACAAGUACAGCAAGUAUUUCAUCUUCCACAAGCCAAACAAAACGUGGCAGCAGGUGUUCUGGCUGACCAUCAGCAUCGCCAUAAACAACGCCUAUAUCAUGUACAAGAUGUCUGAUGCCUACCACGUCAAGCGCUACAGCCGAGCGCAGUUUGGAGAGAGACUGGUGAGGGAGCUACUGGACUUAGACGACUGCUCUCCCACCCAGUGAGGCGACCACAUAAUCUUUGUAAUAUACGCACACACAUACUGUGUACACACACUGUCACAUGUCUCACACGUACCCACAAACACACACUGUUCAUCACAUGUGAAACACUAACACACACUAACCAAAACACUAAUAGAUUUGUUCUUUACAAUUGUAGACACUGGAAUAGGUCAUUCCUUAAAUGAAACAAUAUUUUAACAGUGCCAAGUCUGGGUUAAAUGGGUUGGGGGACCAAACCUCCAGGUUUGGAGAGCAGGUGUCUAUAUCUGUCGGAACGGUCUCCAGAUUAAAGUUUCUUUACUGAGGCACAAAGCAGAGCCAUUGUACAGUACACAUGUCUCUAUUGUUAUUGUCACAGGCUGCAUGACAAAAACACAGUUGGAUAAUGUACUGUUGUUCAAUGUGCAGAUUUCUUUUCUCUUUUUUUGAUCUGGUUAAACAUUGUUUCCAUGUAGAGCAAUGUCACUGUAAUGUAAAUCUAUGAUUCUAUUCGACCACAUAUGGAGCAACAUCUGGUGUGUUCUCUCCAAGAUAGACCUGAACCACUAAGCAGAAAUACUGUAUGUGUGUAUGUAGGUAGAUAUGUAUGUAUUACAGUACCAGUCAAAAGUUUGGACGCACCUAAUCAUUCAAGGGUUUUUCUUUAUUUGUACAAUUUUCUACAUUGUAGAAUAAUAGUGAAGACAUCACAACUAUGAAAU